CUGGAUCCGCGGACCUCAGGGGCGCGGAGCUGACGCGGACUCUGACGACACCGUGGCGCGCCGCUUCCGGUCGUCUGCGCGGCAGUGAAUGAUUUCCCCCGGGCUGGAGCUGGGCCUCUCUGUGACCCACCUAAGCCCGCGGUCGCACUGACCAAGCUGGCGAGCCUGCCAGCGCUGCUUUGGCACCGGGGACCAUGGCCACGGAUUCUUGGGCCCUAGCGGUGGACGAGCAGGAAGCGGCCGCUGAGUCGUUGAGCAAUUUGCAUCUUAAGGAGGAGAAAAUCAAACCAGAUGCCAAUGGUGCUGUUAAGACCAAUGCUAAUGCAGAGAAAACAGAGGAAGAGGAGAAAGAGGACAGAGCUGCGCAGUCUUUACUCAACAAGCUGAUCAGAAGCAAUCUUGUGGAUAACACCAACCAAGUGGAAGUCCUGCAGAGGGACCCAACCUCCCCGCUCUACUCAGUGAAGUCUUUCGAAGAGCUUCGCCUGAAGCCGCAGCUUCUCCAGGGAGUCUAUUCUAUGGGCUUCAACCGCCCAUCCAAAAUACAAGAGAAUGCAUUGCCUUUGAUGCUUGCUGAACCCCCACAGAACCUAAUUGCCCAGUCUCAGUCUGGAACUGGUAAAACAGCUGCCUUUGUGUUGGCCAUGCUCAGCCAAGUAGAACCUGCAAACAAGUAUCCCCAGUGUCUCUGCCUUUCUCCAACCUAUGAGCUUGCUCUUCAAACAGGAAAAGUGAUUGAACAAAUGGGCAGGUUUUACCCUGAACUGAAGCUGGCUUAUGCUGUUCGAGGCAAUAAACUGGAAAGAGGUCAGAAGGUCAGUGAGCAGAUUGUCAUUGGUACCCCGGGGACCGUCCUGGACUGGUGCUCCAAGCUGAAGUUCAUUGACCCCAAGAAGAUCAAGGUGUUUGUUCUGGACGAGGCUGACGUGAUGAUAGCAACUCAGGGCCACCAAGACCAGAGCAUCCGCAUCCAGAGGAUGCUGCCCAGAAACUGCCAGAUGCUGCUUUUCUCUGCCACCUUUGAAGACUCGGUGUGGAAGUUUGCCCAGAAGGUGGUCCCAGACCCCAACAUCAUCAAACUGAAGCGCGAGGAGGAGACUUUGGACACCAUCAAACAGUACUAUGUCCUUUGCAAUAACAGAGAGGAGAAGUUCCAGGCCCUGUGCAACCUGUAUGGGGCCAUCACCAUCGCUCAAGCCAUGAUCUUCUGCCAUACCCGGAAAACAGCUAGCUGGCUGGCAGCAGAGCUCUCCAAGGAGGGCCACCAGGUGGCUCUGCUGAGUGGAGAGAUGAUGGUGGAGCAGAGAGCUGCAGUGAUUGAGCGCUUCCGAGAAGGCAAAGAGAAGGUUCUGGUGACCACCAACGUGUGUGCCCGAGGUAUUGAUGUUGAACAAGUGUCUGUCGUCAUCAAUUUCGACCUUCCUGUGGACAAGGACGGGAACCCAGACAAUGAGACCUACCUGCACCGCAUUGGGCGCACGGGCCGCUUUGGCAAGAGGGGUCUGGCGGUAAACAUGGUUGACAGCAAGCACAGCAUGACUAUCCUCAACAGAAUCCAGGAGCAUUUUAAUAAGAAGAUAGAAAGAUUGGACACAGAUGAUCUGGAUGAGAUCGAGAAAAUAGCCAACUGAGAAGCUUCUCCAGCAGCUGACGCCACCCUCAGCACUGUUCCUGCCUGGGAGCCUAGUGCUUUCAUGGCAUAGGCCUUGACAGACACCUCAGAGACCAAGGCCUGAGUAGAGACUACCUACCUCAUUCAGAAUUACGUUUGGACUUGACAGAAAUUUGUGCAAAUGAUGGGGGAUGGUAGAAAAUUUGUUUACACAACUUUGGAAGAUUAGGCAUGAAUACACAGAAAUUUACCUUUUGGAAGUCCCGUCAUAUAUGUGUGUAUAUAUAUAUAUUUUUGGCCAAUAUUUCCCCAUUGUUUUACUAAUCAGAUAAUAUGCCCAGGAUUCCUUGUGACAAACCUUAGCUGAUCUUUGACUGGGAGGUGUGCGGCCUUGUGGAAGUGGCAGCACAGGAGGAAAGAGGGCACGCAGAGGCAGAAUCCCCAAGCGGGAUAGGUGUGUGAGUCAGUCCUAGUGUUUGGAGGAUGGCAGGAGGUAGUGGGGUUGCUCUGUGAGCUGCUGCUUAGGACUUGAUGUGCAAUCAGGCCUAAGCCGGGCUUAGCUGGGCUAACCUGGAUAUUACCAAACCCCUACUAACAGUCUUGUCAGGAAGAAAUUUGCUGUGUUGGACCAAAAUGCCUUUGGGGCCUCUCUGAAUUCAGGUUUGUGCCUCAGGAACAUGACCUGUUCUUUUCAGCAGGAUGAAAUCUAUAUGCAGUGCAAAUCUGGUUAUUGGUGGGUUCUUGGCUCAUGCUUCAGCAAGACCUGUGGAGAAGCCAUCAUGGAGAAGUAGUGUUAGCUCUAGCUUGCCAUAAAACCUGUGUCAUGGGUACUUGACCCAUUGUUUUUACAUCUGUAACAUCACUUUGACCCUCAGUAGUCCCAGGCAAAUAAAAGGGUACCUGAGAUUUGGAUACUUAGUAAAUACUGUAGCUUCAAGUUUCUGAUGGGCAGUCUCAAUCCAAACAGAACAUGGCCAUCAGUCAUCAAAAAUUCUUGCUUUGCUUGCAGUUUCCAAAAGACUAGACCCAUCAGAGCUAGGAAAUGGUUCCGACAUUGGGCAUCUGGGUUCUAAAGGGACUCCAAACAUACGUGUUGACAGUGCCUGGGAAGAAUACAGAUGAGUGUGAUAAAGGACAGGAUGGACCACAGUCAUUUCAAGACAAGUGUAAUUACCAAGCAUUUGCUGCUGCUUUCUCCCCUGUGAGUGGAGUAGUAAAAGCAAACAAUAGAAAUGGAGAGUUCCCACACACGUCUAGGCCAUAGGGUGCCUGCAGACUGACAGCAAGGAUGAACUGAGCCAGAGCGCGUCCUCAGUUCUUUGACUUGGACAUAGAGUGAUUCCUCCUUCUGUUUUUUUGUUUGUUUGUUUUUUGUUUUUUUCCCAUGUAUGUGUGUGCUGUGCUGGGGCUCAUACCUAGAGCCUUACAUUAUGCUGGGUAAGCACUUUACACUAAAGUAGUAUUCCCAGCCAUGGAAGAGGAAUUUUCUGAUGAAAGAUAUUGAUCCCAGAUCUUCUUAACUGUGUUCCUGUAUCUUAAGACCAGCUCCAUCACCUGGGAAAGGAGAGUGCUACUACUAACUACCAGGUGUUCUGCUUAAUGCCGCAGAGAAACCACCAGACUGCCAGUUCACCACUUCCUCCCAUGGUGUUUAGCUGAAUGGAGUUCUCUGUUCACUCCUGGCCUACUUUGAUCUAUCUUAGGAGUCUUAGAAGGAGAGAAUAAAUUUUUUUUGUUCUCUCAAAAUACUGUGGACCAAACCUGAAAUAGCUAAAAACAAGGACUAUAAUUGUGUAGAUUCUUCUCUAAGUCUGAAAAGGAGAAUGGGGAAGGUGUGCAACAGACUCUCAGUGGCUUCUGGUGGGAGCGGCUAGUAUUCACCGGAUGGAUUUGAUGGUGUGUGUGAAGUAUAUGCAUUAGUUUAAAUAAUUUAUUGGGAGGACUCCCAGAGGAUCACACACCUUUUAAGAAGGUGAGACCCAUACUUGUGGAUGGUUCUGACACGUCACUGGUGUCACCGAGGAUCAUAUUCUUUCACAGUCUGAAGUCCUGCCACCCCUGGGCCCCAGGGUCAAAUUAGCACUGUCAGGAGUCUUAAGAAUGUAUUGAGCUUGCUGAGCCUUGGUCUCCAGGAUUCUUUGGCUUAUUUCAAUAAAGUAUCCAUCUAUGAAAUGAUAAACUGAACCCUAGAAUAAAGAAACUAUGAGUUAAUUAGAAAUGCACUCACUAAAAGAACUCAGGAAAAGGACAAAGAACCUCAGGGAAAGAAAUGUUUUUGUCUAAUGAAAAGUUAGUGAUGUUCAUUAUCUACAGCAGUCGAUUUUAUUGGGUUUUGUUCGUUGACUUUAAACUUAAAUUCCUGCCUCAGUUUCCUGAGUGCUAGAAUUACAGGUGUGCACCAUCAUGCCAGACAAAGUAUUUUGUUCUGAGUAUCCUUUUAUUGGUUUUAUGCGGAAGAUCUAAUCAGUUGUUGAGAUGUUAUUGUUUUGGAGGGUUUGGGGCUUUUGUUUCGUUUUGUUUUGAGACAGAGUUUCUCUCUGGAGCUCUGGUUGUCCUGGAACUCUGUAGACCAGGCUGGCUUUUAAUUCCAAGAUCCACCUGCCUCUGCUUCCCAAGUGCUGGGAUUAAAAGCAUGUGCCACCACACUGGCAAGACAUAGUCUUUGCUGAUAUUAAUUAUGAAGUGUUCGUGUUACUAAGACAUUAAUGAUUAUAAGAAGGAAGCAGCCUUUUGUGGUGGUUGCUGUUAAAUGAAGCCGUGUUAUGCCAUAGGCUAGUUAGGACCUAUUACAAUUCUGUGUCCGCUGGUACUGUUCUAAACUGAACAACUAGGGAAUCUCCAUAGACCCAUGACUGCUCACUUGCCAGAAGGACACACACACCCCCUACCCCACUAUGGCAAAACAGGAUUUAGGCUAACUACCCAGAGAAAAGUCAGUGCCGGUAAGCUCAGUCUGUGGAUCUGCCUAGUCUUACGAAAAGAAAAAGUUUACAAAUAGGGCUUCGAGGCCAAGAGGAUUGUCUACACCUGUCAGCCUUAGCAUUAGCAAACAUGAUGGUCCAUACCUGUAAAUACCAGCAUUAGCAAAGAGGGAUUCAAGUCUGAAAUCAGCCAGGGCUAUGGAGGUUCUGUCACAAUUGAAAAGACAACGAAAACAGGCUGAGCAAGGUAGUUCGUGUCUGUAAUACUGGCUCUUGUGAUAUGAAAGCAGGAAGUUCAGGAGUUCAAAGCCAGCCUGGGCUACAAGAGCCUGGGGUUGGGGUAUUCUGCCUGGAGACAGAUCUUUCCCUUUAUUAUUGAAUCAGUGUCCAGCACUUAUAAAGAUUUCCAGAGGCUAGAGAAAGUUCCACAAAGGAGGGGGGUUUGUAUACGAGAAAGCAGCCUUGUGACAAGAGGAGUCCCGGGCUGGGAAAAGGACUCGUCAGACGAAAGCUUAGUACUAUGGGGCAUGCUUAAGAAGUGACAGGAAGAUCAGGAGUGCAGGGCCAUCACCAGCUAAAGAGAGGAUGAAGCCCUGCCUCAGAAGAGCAAAAGGCUAGUUAUAGUGCUAGGUACGGUGGUGCAUGUGUAUAAUCCCAGCACUCAGGAGGCUAAAGCAGGAGAAGAGCUGAGUUCAAAGCCAGCCUUAGCUAUAUUUAUACAUUUUGACUGUGUCUCAAAAGUCAAGUUGACAAGACUAAAAGAGACAUACUGGGAGGACAGCCGAGAUGGCCAUGUGUAGGAGAGGGAAGUUAAGGUUCAUGGGAAGAGUUUUUUGUUGUGUUUGAGAUAAGGUCUCACUAUUUAACACAGGCUGGCCUGGAAACAAAGCAAUUCUGCCUCAGCCUCCUGAGUGCUGGAAUCUAAGCAGAAGCUAUCAAGACCCGGUGACUAAAUUUUGACUGUGUGGUAGCUCACUGUCCUGCUGUGACAGAAUAGCCAGGGUAAAAUCUGAGGACAGAUGCAGCGUUGCUGGUCUGGGGGCUGAGAUGUUAACAUGAAAGCACUAGCAGCAGGAUCAGAAAUUCUGAACUGACAGGGUAACAAAAUUGGCUUUGUGUUGGAGGAAACUGGACUGGCUGCCUCCUUCACCCACACACCUGAGAUGAGGAUUUCAUGGAUCCUCUUCAGUUUUCUCUUGGUCCUCAUUUGAGACACCAAUUCUUGGGAACUUGCAAUUUUACACAACUUUGCUUCUCUGCCUGGGAAUAAAUAUUCUGUAUUCUGUUGCCCGGCUAUUGCAGUGUCUUUUACAAAGGACCCUGGGGCAUGACAUUAACCUAAGAAACUAAUGCUGAGGCACUCAUACACUGCUCUUUUUAUCCUUACUUGAGCUAGGGCUUCCCCAGAACAGCUUCAAAACCCUGUGUGAAGAUUCGGACACGAGCUGCGCAUGCUUUCCUUGUCCUCCAGACAGUCCUGGCUUUAGAUUCCAGAGGGUCUGGGUGGUGGGUGUUCAGUUAUGAACCGGGAAAUUGGAGUAGAGGGUGGAGGAAGGUUGUCAGGUGACAAGCUGGGUAUAGUGGCACACAUCUGUAAUCUUAACACUGCAGGGUUUGAUGGUUGAAAGUUUUGAGUACUGUUGGGACUACAGCAGUCUGGACGGUGUAAGUGAGAUAAUGUGUCAUCAAAAUUAAAAGAUGAGGUGAAGCUUGACAGUGAAGCCUGACAUGUCUGCUGUCCAGAUUAAACAUGUAUCCCCGCUGCCUUAGCUCUAGCUAAUGGACAGAAGAGAGACAUGGGUGAGAGCAUGCAUGCCUUUUUGCUUCCUUUUAGCCUGGGACUGUGGCUAGCUUUUGCCAAGGUAAGAGAUUGCUUUCCCUAGAAGACUAUUUUCGUUUUAAGACGUUACUGUUCUCUUACAUCUCUUACAUCCUUAUCAGUGUUUUCAGCAUUCCAAUUUAACUUAAGGAUAGCCUCCCGAGUUUAAGUUAUAAUUAUCCCUGAGGGCAAAUCUCCCCCUUUACACUUGAAAGGACAACUAUGUAGCCAAGUGAGCCUGGUGUGUGUAUGUGUGUGUAUUCUGUUCAUUUUGCGGGUUGACAGCAGUCGUUGCUAAAUAUGCAUAAAAAUUAAGGUAUGGCUAGUGAGAUGACUUUGUGGGUUAAGGCACUUCAUCCCAGAACUAGCUUCUAAAUGUAGGAGAAAACCAGGGUGAUGUCCUUAGACCUCAGUAGUAGGGCAAUGGUGCGUACUCCCACAAAUUUUAUUUUUUAAGAUUUGCUAAUAUUUUUAAAUAAAUCUAUUUUUAAACGUG